UUCUUCUUGCUUCUUGCGCAUCUUGUCGACUGCUUUCCCAUACUACAGCUUAUGUCCUCGCCCCCAUCACUGUGCAGGCGUUGUCUAAAAUGGCAAAGGACACUUCUUCCUGGUGUCACAUACAGUCAUAAACCACAAACGAGGCUCACAACAUCUCGUUCAUUUUCCACUCAUCCUUCCCGGUUCGCCCCCUCCAGCAAACCCUCGACAAAGUUUGAGCCUCCAGACCAUCACACAUUCGAAGAUCCCUUGACUCGAUAUGACCAUCUGGUGUCUACCGGAGUGCUCAAAGCGGAUCCCCAUCAACGGUUGAUCUUGAUGAAGUUGCAGCGGUUAUGGACCGAUUUGAGAUCCUACGAUCCAGGACCAGUGCCACCACAGAUAGAUGAGAUCAAACCGUCAUAUUUUGGGAAAUUUUUCUCUCGUUCACCUACUCAACCAGAAGCUACGGUAGAUCUUACCUCUGUACCCAAAGGAAUAUACCUCUAUGGAUCAGUAGGAACAGGCAAGACGAUGCUCAUGGAUCUGUUUCAUUCCACACUUCCAACUCAAUUCCGACCUGGCAAAUAUGGUAGCACACGAAUACACUUUCAUUCUUUCAUGAUUGAUGUUUUACAACGACAACAUGAGGUCAAGGCUAAAUAUAAGGAGAUGGGUUUAGGAGAGAGGGAUGUGAUGCCUGAGGUCGCUAGACGUUUGGCUCUUGAGGGAAGAGUGUUAUGCUUUGAUGAAUUCCAAGUGACUGAUAUUGUCACGGCUAUGUUGCUCAGAGGUUUAUUGGAGAGAUUGAUGGGGUUUGGAGUGGUGUGUGUUAUGACUUCGAAUCGUCACCCUGACGAACUUUACAAAAACGGUAUUCAAAGAAAUUCAUUCCUACCCGCUAUAGACCUAAUCAAAACUCAUUUCGAAAUCGUCGAUCUUGACUCUCCUACCGAUUAUCGUAAAAUCCCUCGUGCACUUUCACAAGUAUACUACCAUCCUCUCUCGCCCGAAACUCGAACGGAAAUGAUGAAACUUUUCGAAGCUCUCACCUCAUCUGAUCCUAAAGGUUCUGAGGUAGUCCGUGGACGUAAACUCAGUUUGUGGGGUAGAGAAUUAGUAAUACCUGAAUCAUCAGGUUCAGUGGCACGAUUUUCAUUUACGGACCUUUGUGAUAGACCUAUGUCUGCUGCUGAUUAUCUGGAGGUGACUUUAAAGUUUGCGACUGUAUUUGUGGAGGAUGUUCCGAGAUUAGGUUUGGGAGAAAGAGAUCAAGCGAGGAGGUUUAUAACGUUUAUUGAUGCAUGCUAUGAAAACAAAACAAGAUUAUUCUUAUCCUCCGAAGUACCGAUAUUCCAAGUGUUCUCAGAUGAACAUUCUGAUAAUACCGCCGCCUCUGAAAAACACAUGAGAGAAGUGAUGGAUGAUCUCGGACUCAAUGCUGAGGAUGUAGGAUCAAGUUCUUUGUUCAAUAGCGAUGAAGAAUUAUUUGCUUUUGCUCGAUGUGUUAGUCGGUUAUCUCAAAUGGGAACCAAAGAAUGGUCAGAACUCGCUGGUCGAUAA